AUGAAAAACAUUUUACAGAUAGUCGAGACACCAUGGAAAAUGAGUGGAAGCAGAAACAUUGGUAGAAAAUCGCUCCAGGUGUCCAGACCUUGCAGCGCAUCAAAUGAGUUUUUGCUAACGAUUUUGUGGUUUUAAUGUCCCUUAUCAAGUUCUGCAAAAGCGAAAUUGAAUUUAAGCACUUAAUCACACCUCUUCUCUCCCUCUCUCUCUCUGUUUUUUUGAAAGUGUAAUCUUGUUUAUCACCAAGUGUUUCGGAGAACGCCCUCCAAGACCAGGAAUUGGCGCUUGCUCCGUUCUUUACACUCUCUAGCCGACGUUCGCCCACUCCCUUUAUCUUUUAUCUUUCUCGUCUUCCAUCUUUACAGUUUCAGCUUUUCUUCUAGAUCUGAAUCAUCUUCUGCGGAUUUCCAAGCUCUUAUUUAUUUAUUUUUUCCUUCUUGAUAAGGCUUGUUUUUCUAUUAUUUCUCAACCCCUUUCAUUCUUUUCUGUGAUGUGACUUUUCUGAACUUUUAGACUCAGUUUAUCAUAAUUAAUUUCCAAAAUCUUCCCAACAUCCUGACAGGAUUCGUACGAAAACUCGUAUUCCGUGAUGAUAGGCCAUCAAUUGAUUUAUUUUCCAGCAAGCUCAUUUCUCAUGAGGCUGGCCGCAUGCGGCGGUCCUAGGAAAUGAGUGAGUUCUUUUUUUUCCACGUAGAUGAUUUUUCAAUCGCUCAUUUUUAUUUUUGUUUUUCAGGUUUGUUCAAUCUCGGAUAAGAAGCCAUAGGUUUUUAAUAGUUCCAGAAGUAGUAUUCUGAAAAUAGGUUUUAAAUUUUUUUUUUGCUUUCAUUCUCUUUCUUUCCCGUCGAUCAUACAUAUCGACAUUUUUUUCUUAAACUGGAAGCUACGGUCUAUCGACUGUCUCCAGAACCAAAAAAACUUCUUUGAGAAAAAAAUAUUUAUAGAAUCAUCUUUACUUUUUUCCUAUGAAAUCGAAUUUGAUAUAUUUUUUUAGUCUGUAAAAAUGAUGAAAAAAAGUAGCUUAAAACUUGUCUUCUUUUAAUUUUUUUCCUUCUACUUGGGACCAUGCGCCGCCGAAAAAACGGGUCGCGAUCAUUUUUUAAAUGUGAGUUUUGGAUUUUUUUUUUCCUGCUCUUAAUAUUGCAAUACCUACUCCAUCAAAAUUUUCAAUACUUCUGGAGCAACAUUACGUAUCUUCUUUCAGAAGAGUCUUUGAUACUCAAAUAUUUUUAAUUUUCAAGUUACGAAAAAGAGUUUUAAUUUAAAAAACCAAAAAAACUUGAGUUUAUCAAUCCGAUAGAAUCUUUUGCAGACCGACACAAGAUCGAAAGAGAAUAGCCCAAUUCUCCCCGUCCGCCCGACAGACAAAAGUUUAAUUUAUAGUGUAAUUUCUGGAUAUUCGGCAAAAGUGCUCAUGGAACAAAACGCUAUCGUCCACAUCGUCAAAAUGGGAACAAUAAAAAGUUUGUUGGAUUCAGAAAGAUUAUUAGGAUGGAAAAUACGAUUUCAGAACGUUUUUCAAAUUCGGAACGUCACUUAACAUCUCAUUCCUAUUUUCCACUUUUAAAGUUGAGAAACAUUUUCGUAGUAAAUAGGCAAAAGCAAAAAAAAACAAGGUUCAAAAAAAUUCUUCAGUGCUACAGUUUUUCGUUGUGAAAAAAAUGCAAAAAGAAAAAUUUUUCCUAAAUUUAUUUUUUUCUGAAAAGGAAGGGGUCGGAAAAAAAUGAGCUAUGAUUCUGAAAAAAACCCUAGUUCCUUAUUUACAUAAUAUUCUAUUUCCAGUCUCAAUAAAAAAAAAUCGAAUCGUGGCCGACAUAUCUUCGGCGUGAUGGUUAUCUCUUUCAACCGCGUGAAAUCUUCGAAAGGAGAGAAGUGAGUUUUUUUUUCUAGAAGUUAAAAAUUGUUUGGAAUAGAAAACGAACCCCAACACGGAGUUUGAUUUUGAAUGCGAAACUUUUACUAUUAAUAAUCUUCCUAUUUCGAUCGCAAUUUCGUUUCAGGAAGAAAAAUCUCAUUUCUUCAACGCAGUUUGGGAAACGACGUAGCUGCUUUAUUUAUUAUCCAUUUUAUCUGUCACAAAAAUAUCUCACCUUUUAACACCAUUCCGAAACUUCCAUUACAAUCUGUGUUUCGAGUCCUUUUUCUCCUCAGAAAACUGAGCUUUCCAGUCGAUUUCUCUCUGACAGACCCUUAGUAGUAAAUUUUUUCACGAGUUUCUUUUUUCCGAGCUGGGUUUCUUGAUUUAACAACAGAAAGGCUUCGAAACUAUCGACUUCUGUGCUUGUCUUUUUGAUUUCAGCUUCAUUUAAGCUCUAGCCAUUCAUUGUUUUUUUUUGUUGUGUAAAGUUGUUUUUAUCUGUUCUAGUCAUUAUCUCCAGUUGUAGACUUGUAUAAAUGAUAGGUCUCUUUUAUUUUAGUUCAUGUUCUACUUUUUCAGCGUUCUAUUUUCCCUUCGUUCGAAAUUCCCAGCAGGACUGCAAAUUCACUUUCUAUUUUCAGGGUAACUAUUUGAUUUUUGCGGGUAACUAUCUAAUUUUUUUAGGAUAUUUGAUUUUUAAUCAAUAUUGAUUGUUUCAGAUUCUAUAGUAAACGGUUUUCGAGAAAGCUUUGUUUUUCAAAUGCAAAAAAAAAUUUGAAAAGGGAACAUUUGGAAACAAUUUCUUCACGGAUCUUCAAAUUAGAUAUACAGUUUCAAAAAAAUACUACUAAUCCUAGCCGUGUGCGUCGACAAAAAUCUUUCAUUUUUCCCAAAAAAUGGAAGCUUUGCGGCCUGCAAAAAUAUUGAUCAAUAAAAAAAAGCUAAGACGGGAUGUAUUCAGCCGACAGUCAAAGAGAACCGUCUUGAAUGUGGGAUCAGGGUGUGAUUCUUAAGGUGACCGGAGUUUUGACCGAAUUUGCCUAUUACAGCCGUUUUUGGGGAUAAACACCUGUUUUCAAGGUGUGAUCGUUCUGCCAAAAAUACCUGCGCAGAGCAAUUAAACAUAUUUUUUUUAUAAUAAGUCUUACUUAGGUAUGCUAUGUAUGAGGGUCACUUUUUCAUAACAUCAUUUCUAUCUCCUAAUAUCAGACUAUCAUUUUUUUAUUUAAAAUUUAGAGUUUUUCUCUCAAUCUUAUUAGCUGAAAUUAUACUGAAUUUGGGGGCUACCACUUGUCAGGAAACUUUUUUUCAGAUGAAGAACACUUUGAUGAAAAUGAUUUUUUCUCAUUACAGUUUACAGAGAAACACACUAUGAAAAGUAGAAUAGCUGACUUUUCUCGCAAGAAAAAAAAAAGAUUAUCGGCAAAAAACGAGACACGAAAAGGUCCCUCAGCGCCUAUACAUAUGAAGGCUUGAGGCGAUUGGCUGCACCUUUGAUGUCGGAACGCUGUUGUAAGGUGGCUGUUCCCCGGGAUGCCUUGCUCCUGAGCUUUUUGUUCUUCUCCAUCUAUUUUUAUCCGUGGUCCGCUCUUCAGAGUCUAGUUUAAAAACUUUUUUGGCAAUCGCAAUAUUCAAAAAAACAAAAUGUUUCUCUUCAACAAGUUGAAAUUGAGAACUAAACUACAUCACAAACAUACAGAGUUGUUUUUUUGUUUAUUUUCAACUGAGAUGCGUUUUCAAUCGUAGCAAUUUUUUCAUAUCUGUCAGAUGUAUGAAAAAUAAACCGAAACUAAAAUUUUUGCUGAUUAUUUCUCGUUUUUCUCAAUUUUUCGGAAUUUUUUUAUUUCUAAAAAGGAUGCUUAUCAAAAAAAAAAAAUUGUUUUUUUGAUGCCAAGAAGAUUUUGUCAAAAAGCUAAAAGCAUUCCAAAAUGUAGAAGAUUUGAAAAAGGAAUAUUAAAUUUCAGUGUGUUUGUAAUGAAUACUUGGAAAAUCAGGUUUUUUUUUCCCAUUUUUUAGUCGUUCUAAGUUUGCACAAUCUACUUGAAAGACUAUACUCGAACAAAAGCAAUGCCGACAAUCGUAACUUGAAGUAUCCCUCAAAAGGCGACUAGAAGGUCUUCUUCGCAAGACGACAAGAAGCGGGUUGAUCAAAUAAGUAAUAGUGCCCUACUUGAUCGCGUUUUCGAAGUAGGGGAUUGUAAAAGGUUUAUUGGUCAUCCUGCAUCGGUUACAUCAAAAAAAAUUUUCAAGUACUUCUUUAACUUGUUUGGUCAAUCCGCUACUUGCCGUUUGGCGAAGAAGGCCUUCUGGUCGCCUACUGAGGUAUAUUUCAAGUUAAAAAUGUCGGCAUUUUCUGUUCAAAGGUAUAGCCUAUUCCGCGCCAGCUUGUCACGUUUUUUUUCCGCCAAAAAGACCGUAUACCAAAUUUGAUCAAACUAGACCAACUUCGCUUCACGAAAUUCGGUUUUUGUUUUUGUUUUUUCUUGCAAUUAUGGAGAGUUCCGAGCGUGGCGGUACCGUUUGUGAAAAGUGACAAGCUGGCGCAGAAUGACCUAUAGUCUUUCAAAUAUACCGCGCAAACUUGUCAUAUUAAGAUAAACGCAGGUAUAGCGCUUUUUUGCGCGCUUUUUCAGUACUUUCCCGUUUCUGCGUCUCCGCUCUGAAACUUUUAUCUUUUAUCGGAGAGCAUACGGUAUUUCUGCCAAAAAAAGUUUCAAGCUGCCGCCGAAUGGAGGCUAUACAAGUAUCGUGCUGCGAAAAAGUAUUGCUCGGUCAAGAUUAAUUUCGCACUCUGUUAUUUUCAACUCUCUGAUGCAGUUUCAGUACACAGAAAAAAAAACACAGCUUCAGAAACUUUCGGGAAGAUUGAAUUCCUUACAAGAAAGUUGUGACCAAAAUCUGUAGAACUCAGAAAAAUUUCAGUUUGGAUUUUUGUGAAUGAACUGAAAAAAACUACUCACGUCAAAGGGCAGAAUAUAUGGUUAGUAACAAAACGGAUGAGGCUUUUCUGACCACUUGACUUAAUUUUAGUAACUAUCUCAUUUUAUUUCUGUCUUGUUAAAUCGACAAAAAUCGAGAAAUCGACAAAAACCGGCAACUUUUCCGCUAAUUGCAUUUCAUUGGAAAAAAACCAUGUUUUUGACCUCAGUUAAUAUCUUUUAACGCUUCUUCCAGUUGUAAAGCUUGUUGGAAGUUCAGAGACUCCCAAAGUUCACAGGAUUAAGCGGCUGUUUUUUACAAUAUUUCUGUUCGCCCACUUCUCAGCUCUCGUUUUCGAGAGAAGCUCAGUGCAGAGAAACAUUUGUUCGAUGGAAACUUGACAUUUAGCGUUUUGAAAUUAAAAUUUUGUAUGUCCAACGUCUUUUUGAACUACUUCAAGAUCCAGCGUUGGUUCUUUGGAAAACCUAAUUUUCAAAAAACUUGAUCUUUCUCUCAUCAAUCAGUCCAACUACAUUGAACUUUGUUCUAUUUUUGGAAAUCACCUUUUUUUAAUGUCAAAAACUUUUCAGCGUUUUGGAAAGAUGACAAUAUUUCAUGAGAUCCUUCUUUUUUGUCAAAUAAAAUUUUCCGUGUAUCAAUUUGACUAACUUUCUUUAUUUUCCAGCAAACUCGUUUCUCAUGAGGCUUUUCGCAUGCGAGUUGUCCUAGGAAAUCAGUAAGUUUUUUUUGGCUUUUUUUCUGAUUUAUUUCUCAUCAAAAUUUUUCUUUUUCAGGUCUGUUCAACCUCGGAUAAGGAGAUCUAGAUUUUUUAAAAUUUGAAAAUUUGUAGAAAUUGUGUGGAAACGGUUAGAUUUUAAAUUUUUUGCGUUAUUUUUUUAACCAUCGUUCAUAAAUAGCGGCAUUUUUUUUACCUAGGAGAACUGAUGUCCUUAGGAAUCAAAGUAAUAUUUAAAUAGAUUUUUAUUUAUUCAAAACUUUUCCAUGAUAUGAAAUUUAACAUGUAGGACAUAACUCAGUAGAUAAAUUUUUUUGAUUAUUUACCACACUCUGUAAAAACCACAAAAUGUGGAGAAACCUUGAAUUUAGAUAUGACGAGCAUUACGAGAAACAUACGGACCAGAAUUGAAAAGCCAAAAUUUAAUACAUAGAAAAAAUAAGAGGUCACAGAAACGUCGCAGCAAGAGGAAGGAGAGGAAGUUGUCACUUAAGAGUAGCGAGGCUACUAAAGUGGUCCCUAUAAAUGCCCCGACAUGUCCGAUUCGCGUCCCGCUCGCGUUACCAAGGUCCGAGUAGGAACAAAAUUCAUCAUAAAACAUUAAAUACUCACUUUUUAUAAGUUUCCUAUUUACAAAUUGUUCUUUUCAGAUGUAAAUAA